AUGUCCUUGAAAGCGGCCGCCGUUGGAGCUGCUUUCCUGCUGCUGUUCUUCUUCUCUUCCUGUACUACUGUAGUCUUUGCCUUUGAUCCAGAAGUCGACGAUCCCGAUUGGCCAGGGCCGUUCGCCGCUAGUAGCAAUUCCGUCGUCAUCAACAUCCGCUACGACAAUUACCCCGAUGAAACUGUGUGGCUCUUGGAAGAGCUCGAAUCGAAUAGCACUUCAUGGGCAGUGGUGGAGGAAUGCGACGGCUGUGGCGCGGGGAAUCCACGCAUGCUGGAGUCAUUUCCAAUCUCCAAUCUCACGGCGGGCCGUCCGUAUCGAUUCACCCUUCGUGACGAGGCAUCCGAUGGUGUCGUCGAGUUUUGGGUCAACGAGAACAACACCAUUUUGUUGGGAACUCCUGCCGACCGACCCACCUUUGCGACUGAUGUGUUUGGGGACAGCUACGAAAUUGAAACCACCACCUACCUCUAUGUAUUUGCGGACCGAGGCAUUACAGCCACCAUUCCCUCGGAGAUUGGAUUGCUUUCCGCUCUCACGAGACUGAUCUUGAACGGACUGGACAAUGAUCUUCAUGGCACGUUGCCCACCGAGUUGGGAUUGCUGACGGCGUUGAAAACCGUGCGCAUUUGGAAUGCCAAUCAACUUUCGGGUGGUAUUCCUUCUGAGAUUGGCGAGCUUGUGGCUCUGACGGACUUGACGCUCUCGCAAAACAACUUGACGUUGGCAGUGCCAACCGAAUUAGGCCAGUUGUCCUCCUCCUUGUAUCGCCUCGACUUGUCCUUCAACCAACUAUCGGGAGAACUUCCAUCCGAACUUGGGCAACUCGACAGGAUGACAUUUCUCAGAUUGCAUCAAAACCAAUUGUCCGGCACCAUUCCAACCGAAUGGCAGCAGGGCCGCCUGUUUUCCUUGUGGCUACAGGGCAAUUCUCGACUGAAUGGAACGGCGGACAGUAUUUGCGACCUACCGAGCUUGGCGUUGGUGCGUGUGGAUUGUGAUUCUGUCAAAUGCACCUGCCCGCAAUGUCACUGUGGAGAUGACGACGACGACCUUCCGCAAGUCCGACUGUUUGGGGUGGACUACAAUCUCGAAACUACCUACAUUAAUCGUGGAGAAGAAAGUAUCCAAGGAACGAUUGGAACCGAGAUUGGUCAAUUGGGGGCAUUGACAGAGUUGCUCGUGUGGCAGAACUACGUGACGGGAUCACUUCCGAGCGAACUUGGCCAAUUGACCGUGCUGGAGGAGUUGUGGUUGCACGAUAAUAGACUGGUGGGCCCACUACCGACCGAGUUGGGUUUGAUGACCAACCUGCACGAAAUCCGCCUCCACUCGAACCAAUUUUCGGGAACCAUCCCAUCCGAGCUGGGGCUUUUAUCCAAUCAACUCACUUAUUUGGAUUUGGGAAGCAAUCAACUGUCCGGUCCCCUUCCGAGCAGCUUGGGGUACCUCACGGCAUUGACCGCGUUGGAGCUUCAGCGCAAUCCAUUGCUCACGGGGACCAUUCAUCCCAGCCUUUGCAACUCCACAUGGACGUUGAUGGUCGAUUGUGAGAGUGUGACGUGCAGCUGUCCUCAGUGUGGUUGUGAAUGA